CGGCCACACCGUCAAAUGUCAGAAGGGGAUAUUUUGUUUGUUUUUAUUUUUUAGGUGUUUAAUUUUACAAUACCAUUAAUAUUUUUUGACUGCGUUUGACUAUUAACUAUUUUAUAUCAAGCAUAUUGAUGUAUAAAAAGAAUGAGGUUGUUGUGAACUAAUGACGUUAACUUCCUCAAUUUCUGUCAGUACUCCUUUUCCAUUUAAGGAAUGUCAUAGAAAUGCCGUGAAUAUGUAGAAUAUGAUCUAAAGUACUUUAAUACCAAAUGUAGCCCUCAGAAGAAAUAUAAUCAAGAUACAAAUUACAUUGUACUUAUGAAUUAUAUACACAGUGUAUAUUAUGAGCCACACAAAUGAACAAAAUCCCUUAUCUCAACCUCUGAGGGUCGAAACUGACGACCCUGUACAUCCAGAAGAAAAUUACUUCGAAGAGGAAGCCAAUUUCAAUGGAAAUAGCAAUGAUAACUCUGAUUCACUCGGACCUCUUCCUCCAAAGUGGGAAAAAGCCUAUACUGAAAGUGGAGAAGUCUACUUUAUCGAUCAUUCAACUGGAACCUCCCAUUGGCUGGAUCCAAGGCUGUCAAAGUUCCAGAAGAAAACAUUAGAAGACUGCAUGGACGACGAAUUGCCAUACGGAUGGGAAAAAAUUAGCGAUCCCCAUUACGGUACCUACUUCAUAGACCAUGUGAACCGUCGCACCCAAUAUGAAAAUCCCGUAAUUCAAGCGAAAAGAGCUGCUUCCCAAUCAUCAGCCAGAGUCAGCAGAACUUCGUUCACUAAAGAUCCAGCAGAGCUAUGUGGGCAACGUUUUAAGACCUCUUUGGUUAAAUCUUCGCGGGGAUUAGGCUUCACCAUUGUAGGCGGUGAUGAUAAUGUCGAUGAGUUUCUUCAGAUUAAGUCUGUGGUACCAAAAGGUCCAGCUUGGUUAGAUGGUCAGCUCCAGACUGGAGAUGUUAUAGUUUUUGUAAAUGAUACCUGCGUUUUGGGAUACACCCACAACCAAAUUGUUAGACUGUUUCAAUCUAUAAGUGUAGGUUCUACUGUAUGUUUAGAAGUUUGUCGUGGAUACCCUUUGCCGUUUGAUCCCAAUGAUCCUAAUACAGAAGUAGUGACUACAAUAGCCGUCGACACUCAUAUACAGCCUAUCCCUAACGAAAAAUCUUUUGUAGAUACUAAUUAUAAUUUUAUUGAAGGCGAAGAGAUUUCGCACAGUGAUAAAACUAUGCUAGAUUCGAGUAAUGAUCUAGAUGAUCUCUUGAAGGGUAUGGGGAACGUUUCUAUUGGUAAAAUAGAUGUCAAAGUAAGGAUAGUUAAGGGUAAUUUAGGCUUCGGUUUUACAAUAGCCGACAGCGCUUGUGGACAAAGGGUGAAGAAAAUUCUCGACCAUCAACGCUGUAAAAACUUGAUGGAAGGCGAUAUACUUGUGGAAAUCAACGAGAUUUCUUUACAAAGUAUGUCGCACGAUGAUGUAGUACAAGUUUUGAAGAAUUGCUCUUAUAACAGUGAGGCAACUAUUUGUGUACAGCGGGGGUGUCCCAAUAAGACCCCCAGUAUUAGGAAUAAGACUAAAAAAUUGGAUAUUCGGUUUAAUGGGAAAGACAUAGGCAGUGCGUAUAGGAGUAAAACGCCUACGGCGGAUAUUUACAGUACUCAAACUCGUGAGGUAUUGCCUAGUAGACCUAAAACGCCAUUAGUAGAUACUAGGGGUUUAUCAAAAACUCCUAUUAAGGAUAUCAAUUCCAAUUCUAAUCAUGAACUGUUUAAGCACGACUAUUUGAACGAUAAUAUCAACAGUUCGGAGAGAUCGCGCUUGAGAUUAUCGCUGAUAGAUAAUCAAGAAGAGGAUGUAGAUGAUGUAGAUUUAGCUGAAAACCAAAACAAAACCAUGAGUGAAUACCCUGCUCAAUUAGAUACGAAAUUUAGUUUGUAUACGCCGAUUCCUCAUAGGUAUGACUGUUCUUGCGCAUACUGUUCCAAUCCCAGGUCAGCCGUUGUCGACCCUAUGGAUGCCUACGAUAAUUCGAAAAAAUUCAAUGGAGGAACUGAUUGGUGGUAUCAGUCUCAAAAUGUCGAAUAUUUGACGACCGCAGUUACAUUGCAUCGACAAGAAACGGGCUUUGGCUUCAGGAUAAUAGGAGGAAUUGAAGAUAAGUCGCAGGUGGCAGUUGGACAUAUAGUAGCAGGAGGGUCAGCUGAUAUAGACGGCAGAAUACGAUCAGGAGACGAAAUCGUCAGCGUGGAUGGCUAUUCAGUGAUAAAAGCGUCUCAUCGACAAGUAGUACAAUUGAUGAACACAGCGGCAACUAGAGGGCAGGUGAAUUUAAUUCUCAGGCGACGCAUCAAUCCUCCACCACCACAGAUACCUGUCAAUAUAAACGUCAAUACAGGAACUCCAUAUUGGUCAGUUGAAAGUCAUUCUCAAAUGUCAGCUGUUAACAUGACAUUGAUUCCAACUAAUUCGCAUUUACCUUCUACGUAUGAAGUUACUGUUCAAAGGACCGAAAACGAAGGAUUUGGAUUCGUGAUUAUUUCGUCUGCUAAUAAAAUUGGAUCUACAAUAGGGCGGCUAAUAGAAGAUAGUCCAGCGGAGAGAUGUGGAAGACUAAGAGUAGGAGAUUACAUUGUAGCUGUAAAUCAUAUUGAUAUCAUGCAUUUUAGUCAUGGUGAUAUUGUAAAUCUAAUCAAAGAAUCUGGUUUAUCAGUCACUUUAACAAUAGCACCGAAUCCAGAUCUUUGAUUAAAUUUCCCUUCACUAAAGAAAAUAAUAGUUUUAGGUGUCAGAAUUUUUAAAAUCACUCAUCGCAAAAGAAUGUUUUUAUCUAAUUACACUAUCAUAUUUUGAUAUAUGAUUAUGACAUUAAUUUAAAAUCUGAUUUUUGAUUUUGUAUAUCAAAUGCCUCAAGAUUGCAAUUUUUAAUAAAUUACUUUUUAUACGAAAGGAUAUUACAGAGUAGACCUCUUAAGAUGAAUGCAAAGACUGAAAUUAUUCUCUUUUUUUAUUAAGAAUAAACACCUACUUUGUAUCUAAAAGGUAUUCACAAUCAAUGUUCAGUCUACAUUGCUAGCAAGAUGAAACCUUCAGUCCUGCUUGGCUUCUGUUGGACUGAAUAGUAAAUGAAGUUCUCAUGUGCAGUACAUGAAAAAAUGUGGCAACGUUGUUAAUGUGUUUUUCUUUUAUUGUGUUUAUUAUUUACUCAAACACAAGCAAAGCAGGAACGAAGGUUUGAUCUUGCCAGCACUGAAUAUUGAAGAAGAAUAAAGAAAUUAUAGACUUCAUUACUUAGUUUAGACUGUCACUCUUCUUAAAAGGUUUUAAAGGAUAAAAUUGCUGUUUUAUCCAGAUUG